CCUGCCUGGCUCCAGAAGGUUCAGAGGAGAUUGGGCCUGUCCUACACAGGAACACACAUACAAACACACACCCUUCCACACAGCUACCAUCGGGCUGGUCAAUAUGGACUAUGAGCCAAAGCGAACCAAUAAGAAGCUGAGGGUUAUGCCUUUGAAGACCAGUGUGGAACAUGAUUGCAUUCUCAUCCUGUCUGAUGCUUACCUGAGAGACAAUGAGAAACUCCUGCUGAGAAUCCCCACACAUGAAAUCGCUGCUGCCUCCUACCUGCGGGAUUAUGCACUGCACAUUUGUGCUCAGAACUGGCCAGUAGAUGCUGCAGAGGAGUACUGCACGCUCAUCUGUCAAAUUCUUCAGAUCAUCUAUGGACAUCAGACCAUUGAAUGUGUCAACAGGGCAGGAUAUCACUACACCAUGCCUGACCGCCAUUGGCCACAUAGGAGUGACAGCUGCCUUAUUGACAUGACAUAUGGCUAUGACACAGAAUUCAGCUGCUGCAGUUCAUAGCAUGAGGCCCUUUAUUCCAGAUAAGGAUGUAGGAGUGUUUGAGACAUUUCUGGAAGACAUUGGGAUCCGAGAGGGUGGGAUUUUGACGGACAGUUUUGGCCGGAUCAAGAGGAGCAUGAGCAGCACAUCUGCCACAGCAGUCGGUGGCUAUGAUGCCUGAAUUCUCUCCUCCAGUUCAGGAUCUUAACUGCAGAAUUGAUGACAUCACACACAACUUUGAGACUGCAGGUUUUGAAGAGGGGAACUGAGACAUAGAAGAGGAAGCCUAUUUUUUGUGAAACACAGAGAAUGAACUUACUGUACCUACUGUGUAAAUGUAAGCCACUGUAUAUUUAAACUGUUGCACUGGAGAGUUUUUGAAAACAGGGUUUAGGUCACAAAUUUCUUUGAUUAAUAUAUAACAUAGUAUAUAUAUAU